AUGUAUCUAUCUACCUCAGCCUGUUCAUUAUCUAUCUAUCUAUCUAUCUAUCUAUCUAUCUAUCUAUCUAUCUAUCUAUGUUCAUACAUAUCUAAAUAUGUAUCUAUGUAUCUAUCUCAGUCUAAUCAUAUAUAUCUGCCUAUAUCUGUCUCUUCAUAUCUAUCUAUAAUCUAUCUACUUCAGUCUGUUCAUUUCUAUCUAUCUAUCUAUCUAUCUAUCUAUCUAUCUAUCUAUCUAUCUAUCUAUCUGUCUAUGGUACAUUUCUAUCUAUCUAUCUAUCUAUCUAUCUAUCUAUCUAUCUAUCUAUCUAUCUAUUUGUUGAUAUUUUAUAAAACGAAACCCAAACCAAACCAAACCUCUUCGAUACUUGUUUUUAAUAUUUCUUCCUUUCCUUCUUGUAAUCUUCUUUUUUCUUUCUCUCAUAUUUCUUUACUUUUCUUGUUCUUUUUUACUUUUAUUCUAUUCUUAUUUUUACCUGUUCAUAUCUCGUUCUUUGUUCUUUCGUUAAUCCAUAUUCUUUUUCCAUCUACUUCUUUAUUUAUCUGUUUCUUGUUUUUUGUUUUUCUUUCUUUUAUUUUUUCUUUGUGUCAUUUGUUAUUUAUUCUUGCUUUAUUCUUGUUCUUUUCUCUUCUUCUUUUCAUUGAAAAUCGUCCUCCUUAUUUUCUUUUUUCUUUCUUCUUCUAUAUUUAUUUCUUUAUUAUGUCUUUAUUUCUCCUGCAUUUGUCUUUUAUUCUUCCAUUAUUCUUUUUUCUUUUAUUAAUUGAUUAUUUACUUCGUUUUACUUUUUCUUUCCUUCAUUUUUUUAAUAUCUCUUUCCCCUUUUUUUUUAUUCUUGUUUCCUUUUUUUCAGUUGUCUUUCAUUCUUUCUUUAAUCUAACCCUUUUCUUUUCUUUAUUCUCUUUCAUUUCCCUACCUUUCAUUUCCCGUGGACAUAACAUCGUCUCUUGUGGCCACACGAAUAUCUAUCUAUCUAUCUAUCUAUCUAUCUAUCUAUCUAUCUAUUAUUACCUGAAAAUCCCUCACAACACUUUCUACUUUCUGUAUCUCUCACUGUCGAUCUAUCAUUCUCUGUAA